AUGGCAACAUCAACAAAAAAGCCAACCACGACAUUCAAAGGAAUGGCGAUUUUGUGCUUCUACCCAAAUGGAUUACUUCAGGGGCACUGUAUAAAUACACUAAGUAACGAAUCGCCCUUUAGCCUUGCAGGAAAUAAACUGAUCGAUUAUGAGGAUCCAAAACAUAAUGACUGCAUGGAGCCCAAUGAUUUCUAUAAGAUCGUUCUUCGUUCUAAUUAUAAAGCAAAACAAGGAUCUGAUUCUAUUGUAUCUUUUAUCCUCCGCAGAGAAGCCGAUAAUGAUGCCAGUGGGCUUUUCACGCACGAACACGAAGUACAUUUGAAUGAAGGUCGUCAAUUAAAGUUUACAACGCAGCAGUUUCUGUCCGGACAGAAAGCCUUGAAUGUUAAAAACAGGUACUUGAAGCCUUCAGCAGACAGUUCACAUUUGUUCAGCAAUUGUCACAAUGAUGACCUUAUCGUUUGUAUGGGAGAUAUCGAAUUGGUAAUGUAA